CCAUUUAAGGGCUCGCGGCCGCCGUCCGCUUCCUUAUGGGGUCAGGAGGGGGUGAGCGGUGUAGUGCCGGGCAAUCGGUGCUGCUGCGGUGGAACCGCGUCUUUGUGCUGGUAUCGUGCUGUUGGAAUAACGCUUAAUGAAGCCGGCCCUUGGCGUGUCCCUUCUCUCUCGUAGUUGCUCGAGUUGAUGAUAUAUUGCAAUAUUUCGGUACUGCCUGUUUACAGGGCUGUGUCUGUGAGUCGGCUGGUACCAGCAUUUCCAAAUUACAGGAGGGGCACCUCUGCUCAAGGAGAGGUGGAGUGAUUCUGACUAAAAUAUGCUUUGCCAACAGGAGCAGGAGUGGAAGAUGUGUCUUCUCACCUCUAGCCCCAGGCUCUAACUAAUGGAAUAUGCUACCUCCCACAUAACUGUGUUAGGAGGAACCGUUUUGCCUCUAAAUCCACCUGUUCAUUCCAUCUGACUGCUCUGAAGGUAUAGCCGAGCCCCGAGGACAGCAGAUCCAAAAGCUGUCUCUCAAACAGAAGAAUGCUGUGUGCCAUCUCUCCAGUCCUGUGCGUAAAGGUGGGAGGGCUGGCUUGGUGGGUCCCUGCUGUGUCGCAGGCUGAAGCAAGACGAAGAGUGAUACUUAACAGCCUUGGUAAAACCCUCAGGGCCCUGAGGAGAGUUGUCACUUAGUGUUUUACCAGCCGUGCUGUUGUCCUUUGGCACCAAAGUCUCACCUGACUGUAGGUGUCAGAGACAGAAGUUGCUGGUGUGUUUUCUAAGACAGUAUUAUGCCCUCUUGUCACCAAAUUCCAUUCUUUUGGGACACCUCUCUCUCUGAAAUACUUUUCAGGUUAUCAGCCUCCUGGAGAGGAUACUGCUUCCCAUCAUGAACUGCUUGGCUAUACAGCUGCAGAGAAACUACAGAGACGGAUACGCAUGUGUUGUUUCGGAGCCCCUCCACCAACCUGCUGAUGCCUACUGCAAGCCUUAAAUUUGCACCACAGGAUAUGCAGUGGGCAGUACUCCAGUGUCUGCUCUCUGUUCAUCAGGAGUGGAGCUCAGUCCUCAGUGCUCCUGCUGUGCUGCAAGCACCGCUUUGCAAAGUCUUAGUGGUGUGCUUUGACAGUCAGGACUUUGGAAUUCAGCUGCAUUCACCCCAGGGACUCACACAGGACACAGGGCAGCUGUCAGGGAGUAACAGCAGAGCCUCUGUGUGUCCCGACCCGCACCCUUCAUGCCAAUGGGCCUAGCAGAAGGAACCCUGUCACUGCAUGACGGCUAACUCAAUUUAGUGAUGGGUUUAGCUGCCCCACGCAGCUCUCCUCCGAGAGGCUGAGCACCCAGCUCAGGCUGCUCUCGCCUGAUGCGCGUGCGAUAUCGCCACGCUGCACUCGCAGCGACGCCUCAUGCAUAUUCACGAGGUGGGGCGGGGCACGCGGUAGAGGUAUUCAUUAUUCAUGAGGUUUCGCGCGCUUUUGCCUACCACGUGGUGUAGUUUCGCGCGGAAUCCGGCGGGGUAGGAAGGAGCGAUGGCGGACUCCUCCGAAUCGCAGGCGGCGGUCACCAGCCCCGUGCGCAGCUCCCGCCGCGGCGAUGCCUUCACGUCCAGCCCCGGCCGGGACCUGCCGCCCUUCGAGGAUGAGUCCGAAGGGCUCCUGGGCACCGAGGGGCUCCCCGAAGAUGAGGAAGAAGGAGAAGAGCUCAUCGGGGAGGGGAUGGAGAGGGACUACCGCCCCAUCCCAGAGCUGGAUGUCUACGAGGCAGAGGGCCUGGCCUUGGAUGAUGAAGAUGUGGAGGAGCUGACUGCCAGCCAGCGGGAAGCUGCAGAGAGAGUAAUGAGGCAGCGGGACCGCGAGCUGGAGCAGGGCAUGGGCCGCAUGAGGAGGGGGCUGCUCUAUGAUAGUGACGACGAAGAUGAGGACCGUCCUUCACGGAAGAGGCGGCUGGCAGAACGGGCUGCAGAUGGCAUAGAGGAGGAAGAUGAAGACAUGAUCGAGAGCAUUGAGAAUCUGGAAGACAUGAAAGGGCAUUCAGUGAGGGAGUGGGUUUCCAUGGCAGCUCCCCGGCUUGAGAUCUACCACCGCUUCAAGAACUUCUUGAAGACCCAUGUGGAUGACCAUGGGCACAACGUCUUCAAGGAGAGGAUCAGCGACAUGUGCAAAGAGAACAGAGAGAGUCUAGUGGUGAACUACGAGGAUCUUGCUGCCCAGGAACAUGUCCUUGCCUACUUUCUCCCUGAGGCCCCAGCAGAAAUGCUGAAGAUCUUUGAUGAAGCAGCCAAGGAAGUGGUGUUGGCCAUGUACCCCAAGUAUGAUCGUAUUGCUCAAGAGAUCCAUGUUCGUAUCUCCCACCUCCCUCUGGUGGAAGAGUUGCGGUCGCUCAGGCAGCUGCACUUGAACCAGUUGAUCCGGACCAGCGGAGUGGUGACAAGUUGCACAGGGGUCCUGCCUCAGCUGAGCAUGGUCAAGUACAACUGCACCAAGUGCAGCUUCAUCUUGGGACCCUUCUUCCAGUCCCAGAACCAGGAGGUGAAACCCGGUUCCUGCCCAGAGUGUCAGUCUCUGGGUCCCUUUGAAAUCAACAUGGAAGAGACGGUCUAUCAGAACUAUCAGCGCAUUAAAAUCCAGGAGAGCCCUGGGAAGGUAGCUGCUGGCAGGCUGCCCCGCUCCAAGGAUGCCAUUCUCCUUGCUGAUCUGGUUGACAGCUGCAAGCCAGGGGAUGAGAUUGAGCUCACAGGGAUUUAUCACAACAACUACGAUGGCUCCUUGAACACUGCCAAUGGGUUCCCAGUGUUUGCAACCGUGAUCCUGGCCAACCACAUUGCCAAGAAGGACAACAAGCUGGCUGUCGGGGAGCUGACUGAUGAGGAUGUGAAAGUGCUUGUGGCUCUGUCUAAGGAUGAGCAAAUUGGGGAGAAGAUUUUUGCCAGCAUUGCCCCAUCUAUUUAUGGACAUGAGGAUAUCAAGAGGGGUUUGGCUUUAGCUCUGUUUGGUGGAGAGCCCAAAAACCCAGGUGGCAAACACAAAGUCCGUGGGGACAUCAAUGUGCUUCUUUGUGGAGACCCUGGUACUGCAAAGUCACAGUUUCUUAAAUACAUAGAGAAGGUGUCUAGCAGAGCCAUUUUCACCACUGGCCAGGGUGCUUCUGCUGUGGGCCUUACGGCUUAUGUCCAGAGGCACCCGGUCAGCAAAGAGUGGACUUUGGAAGCAGGAGCCCUCGUGCUGGCUGACAGAGGUGUCUGCCUGAUUGAUGAAUUUGACAAGAUGAAUGACCAGGAUAGGACCAGCAUACACGAAGCCAUGGAACAGCAAAGUAUUUCCAUCUCCAAAGCAGGCAUUGUCACAUCCUUGCAGGCUCGCUGCACUGUUAUUGCUGCUGCCAAUCCCAUAGGUGGUCGAUACGAUCCAUCAUUGACUUUCUCGGAAAAUGUAGACCUGACAGAGCCCAUCAUCUCUCGAUUCGAUAUCCUGUGUGUGGUGAGAGACACAGUGGACCCUGUGCAGGAUGAAAUGCUUGCCCGGUUUGUUGUUGGAAGCCAUGUCAAGCACCACCCAGGUAGCAAGGAGGCGGUGAAUGGAGACGCAAGUGAGGUUGUUCUUCCUAAUACAUAUGGGGUGGAACCCAUUCCCCAGGAGAUCCUGAGGAAAUACAUCGUCUAUGCCAAAGAGAAGGUCCACCCCAAACUCAACCAGAUGGACCAGGACAAGGUGGCCCGGAUGUACAGUGACCUCAGGAAAGAGUCUAUGGCAACUGGCAGCAUCCCCAUCACAGUGCGGCACAUUGAGUCCAUGAUCCGGAUGGCUGAGGCUCACGCCCGUAUGCACUUGAGAGAUUACGUGGUAGAGGAUGAUGUCAACAUGGCCAUCCGGGUGAUGCUAGAGAGUUUCAUUGACACGCAGAAGUUCAGUGUCAUGCGGAGCAUGCGCAAGACGUUCUCCCGCUACCUUUCCUUCAAGCGAGACAACAACGAGCUGCUGCUGUUCAUCCUGAAGCAGCUGGUUGCAGAACAGGUGAUGUACCAGAGAAACCGCUAUGGGGCCCAGCAAGACACCAUAGAAGUCCCAGAGAAGGAUCUGGUGGAUAAGGCUCGGCAGAUCAACAUCCACAACCUCUCCGCCUUCUAUGACAGUGAGGUGUUCAAGAUGAACAGGUUCAGCCGCGAUGUGAAGCGGAAGCUGAUUGUCCAGCAGUUCUGAGGCUGGCAGCAGAGCCCACCAUGUGCGAGAUCAAACCUCUGUGUUUCUGCCCACCCGGCUGCGCUACAGAGUUCACGAUCCAGAGGGACUAAGCUACACGUUCUCUUGCUUGCUUUGUGCCUUAUGGAUUAAGGAACUGCUGAGCUGCUGAAGGCAUUGUAAAUAGAACAGAGUUAAGUAGUUAAAUGCCCAGCCAAUUCUGUUUAGCAAUUUUGUUCGCUGUUCUGCUUUGUAGCUGAGCCCAACAGGGAGAGAAUUGCUGGCCACAUAGAUGGUGUGUUUGCUGUUUAUUUGUCCCUAGUUGUUAAGAGAUCAUCUGCAGGAGGGAUGAGUGGGAGCAUUUGAAAGGCAUUUCUUUGCCUUAUCCAUGCCCCUUGGAUUGCAAGCACCUUCAGGGAUUCUCUUUUCCCAUCUCCAGCGACUCUGCAGCCUGCUGGGUGAUAAUUGAAACUGCUUUCAACUCUCCACGAACGAGCCGGCCUCUCAGCUCCAGGCCUUUGCACCUGACACUUGACAUUUCCCCAGGUGCCCACGUGGGCUGACCUGCUUGGUUUCUGCAAGUGAAAGGGAGGGGGCGGAGGAAGAUGAGAAAUGAAACCAAACUUAACCAUUUCUAAUAUUGGGGGUGACCUGAAUGGGCAGUGGAAGUGCCUUCAAAGCAUGCUGGGGCAGUGUCCAGAAGCCUCAGGGAAGGGGCUUCCCCUGACUCAGUGGGUGAUAGCUCUGCACAGCUGUCAGCUGAUGUGAAUUUACAGCUCGAGCUAAGUGCUGGCACCUGAACUGAACAACACCUAGUAUCCUUUUUUUGAGAUUGCUGCUUUGAAGAGUAGCAGUAGAGGAGCGCUGAGCUGGAGAUGUUAAGGGAGGGCAAGAUGGGCUGAUAAUUCACAUGCAGUUUUCUUACUGUGUGCAUUUUAAUACAAUUUGUUUUCCAAUA